AUGGUCGGCAUUCUCAAGCCGAGACGAUCUCUUAGGCUCAAAGAUGUGAAGAAAGCUACUCUGUGGUUCCUCACCCAGCCCUUGCAAAUAGUCAAACCCGAGAAGGGUUCGCCUUCGCAGGCAAAGCCACACUUCAUGAUAUUGAACGCCGUCAUGAAGAUCAAGGAGAACAAGAAGCUGUGGAUAAAAGUUCUAGAGGCGUUCUACAAGAGGAUCAAUCUCAAGGCCGAUGCAUCCCGUGUUGUGGAGGGUAUGGUGACAUUGGCUGACUUGUGGACUGCACCACCACCCUGGGAUGCACAGUUGGUAAGGAACGAGGAUGAGCCGCAGGAGGUAGAGGGUGAGCAACAGGAGGCGGAGGACGAGCCCAGCCUUCCCAUAAUUAUUCCGACAGGUAUACCAAGGACGCCUGAACGGCCGAAAGCUGUCAUUGGUCCAGGAGGCCUUGUCCAGGAAAUAGGCUGCGAAUCGAAGACCCCCGAGCCCGAGGACGAACCGUGCUAUAGCAACCUGAAGUCGUGCGCUGCCCAAUUGGCGCCCACUGGUUCACGGUGCCUGCUCAGUCUGCAAGAUGACAAGUCCGUUCAGUGCUGCCACGUCGUCGCGCGAAGCACUACACACAAAACGCGUCAAAACCUUGCAGCAUGGUGGGGGCUUGUUGAUUUCGACAUCAACACGCCUUUCAACAUCUUCCUAUUGAGAGCCGAUGUUCACUCCAUGUGGGAUCAAGGCGAUCUGCUGUUCAUGCCUGAACCUGAGGUCAUCAAGAAGUAUCUCGCACAAUCUAUUGUCCCCAUAGAUGUAGGCAUGUCGCUGGGCGAGCCAUUUGAAGUCUGCCAUGGCCCCAUCUACAAAUACUGCGUUGUUGCCCACCGCGACGUUCCCGACACAGACAAGAACUCUGCUUUCCGAAGGGAAUUCAAGACCGUGGGCUACGUGUAUUCCCGUGUCCCUCCCCAAUUCGCUAUAUACAACGCCGGCUUGGCGCUGUCGAAGGGUGCCGGACCAGCUGAUUUCGUAAUGGCUUUAGACGCCUUUUACAAGGAGCACGAAGUCAACUACAAAGCGAUCGAAAUUCUCAAUGGAACCCAAAACCUCUACCAACUAUGGACAGAAGGCUAUACAUAUCGGUGUGGAGGACAAAUUUGGGCAAUUCCGAGUCCUCUGGCCUCAACCACGCCUGUCAAAACCGAGCGCUUCCUACUUCAUUCGACGGCGAACGCCCAUCUCCUCACGCACACUGUCGAGCGCGUGUUUCGGUGGCAGCGCUUCCACCAUGACCGGAACAAAGUGCCCGCGUUCACUUCGUUCCUGAGCGAGGACUUCGCCGCGUUCCGCGACGUGGAAACCCGCGCUACGAACCUCCUCAUCUUAUGGGAGGAGCGCGGCCUCGCUCUUGGUACCUCACCUCCCCCUGCUCUGUCUCCUGCCGCCGGUCACACGGCGUGA